AUGGCCUCUGAAGAGAGCACCCCAUUGUCUCUGCGGCCUGUACCAGUAGCCGACCGAAAGCCCAAGAACCUCGCCGAGUUCAUUGCCCGGAUAAACGCCCAGCCUGGGGGAUUCCGGGGUCUCACAGAGACCAAGCUUCGAGAGGAGGCCGUCGAACUAGAAAAUGGAAACAGCACCGCUGAGGAUGACGAUGUGGAUAUGUCCGACGGUGAGGGCGAGGACGAGGCUGAGGAACAGGAAGCACAGACGAUAGAUCCGGUGCAGGUGCGCAACGAGGUGCUAACAGAAAUCGAACAGGCAUCUAGGUGGGCCGGCACAAUUCUGGAGACUCUAUCCCUCCUCCUCUCUAAACAGAAUCCUACGCUUGCCAGCAUGACGCUCUCGAAACAACUGCGUGAGAUGACCGGCAUCGGAACUUUAGGAGCCAGUCGCUUGGAUGAGCCCAAUAUCACACCAGCACAGGAAAAGGAACAAGAAGAGAUCGCGCAAGGCUGGACAUUGAUGGAAAUCCAAAAGACUAGCGACGCUGCGGAAGCCGCAUGCUCCUUCCUUUCCAAGGAGGUCGAUGUAGAAAGCAAAUACUGGGAAGAGGCUGUCAAAGUACAGAAGAGCGGCUGGUCUCUCUGCAAGAUGCCACAAGAGAGGCACACACUGGGCGUACGGUUUGGCUUUUCGGAGUCGGCUCCAGAAUUCAAAAACAAUGGUCUAGCGCCCAUGCGAAGGGGAGAUGACGGAUCUGUGCAGCUGGACUGCGGUCGGUUAGGAGGAGUUUCAGAGAGAAUCGUUGUCACUUAUGAGAGGGACGGUGAAGCGGUUGGGCGCUCGUCUGUCCCAGCCCAAACGGAUCAAAGCGCGCCCCUUGAGAAAAGGGUCCUAGAGGCUCGCAAUACCCUUUUCUCUCAGGAGCUAUGGCACGAACUGAACCGCGAAGCUCGCAACCUGGCAGCAUACGAUGUCCGGCCGGAGGGCUCAAGUCUCACCUGUAAAUUAGACGAGUCAACCAAGCUGAGGAUCGAUCUUGUCACUCUGGAUUCGGCCCCUUCGACCAGCGACUCCUCGCCGGACCAGCAUGUUGCCGAAACGAUCUCUCAAGUCCUUCAUCUUUUGCUGUGCUAUUCCCAUACACAGAACGAGCUUGCGAGAACCAGGCCAAUUCCUCCACAUCUAGCUCGAUCUCGGGGUCAGCAGAUCUACGCACUUCUGCGACCCAUCAUUGCUCGUGCUUCGCACCUUCAGGGUGUCAAGUCUUCCUCAAAGUACAUUGGAACCCUGGUCCAGUGUUUGAAAAACGCAGGCAUCAAUGCGUCGUUCAGCUUACACACACCACCACCAUUCACACUCCAGUCACAGCCAAACCUCGCCAACCAGCCAUCUGCUCCCAACCUCCUCGUCCGCCACUUGCUGAACUCUACCAACUUCACAUUCAAGGUAGCUCUACUCCCAGAUGUACCAUUCACUAUCCGCUCCAGAACAACCUUCUACCCCUUCACAAGCACCUACUUCUACGUCAUCCUCCCCCCUUCAUCCCCACUGGAGAGAAUCUGCCCCCCGUUCAGGGAAGGCUAUCCAGACGUGAACUCCCUGUCAGAAUACAUCCGAACCGCCACCUGCCGCCUUCUCGCCGAGCAGUUCCUCGCCGAAAUCCCAGACGGCCUGUGGGUCCCCAACAUCAAGGGCGACUCCCUCCGCCCCGCCGACAACGAUGAGUCUGAGCUACGAUUCGUCAUCCUAGAGGAUGAGCCCAGCUCCCCCACCCUCGUCGUCAAGAGCACCAAGGUCACAGGGCAAAGCUCUAAUACAGAAAAAUGGGAGUGGCGAUCAUCGAGUACUGAGAGCGAGAGUACAUCGCUUGUCGAUAUUGUCAACCGUGUAAUUGGGAAGAAAGCUUCCUAG